AUGCCGCCUCCAUUAAGAUCUCCAUCAGUCAUUCCCUCGACCUCAUGCGCAAAACAAUUGCGUAAAACGGCCCAGUCGCGGUCUUUCUCUUCCACUCCACAACGAGAUCAAAGAGCCACAAGAGCUCGCCGACAAUUCUUUCGAUGGCUGGGUACCCAGGGACAGAAUUUUCUUAACCCAUUACCGAACUCAACAAACUAUCUCAGUGCAUAUAAUGCCGCGGGACAGCUAAAAAGAGUCGUAGAAGCUGCGUCAGACAGAGCAGAGAGAUCACGGCAAUCGGGUGGAACAUCUAAUAGCAAUGAUAACAACGAGUCUGGGGGAGGAAACUCCAAUGGAGAGCUACCCCCGGAGACGGUGAGAGAUUUACGACCGUUUCCGAUGAAUCCCGCGUUCGUUAGCCAACCGGUGCUCAGUGAGGAAAUGCGAGAAAAGAUAUGGGAGAGGAUCAUGAAGAAGGGUCAAUCCGUUCGAGAAGUCAGUGCCAGCCUUGGAGUUGAGAUGAGUCGGAUAGGGGCUGUGGUCCGUCUGAUGGAGAUCGAGAAGGAGUGGCAGCGAAUAGGGAAACCGCUCGCCAGACCAUAUGCAAAGGCAGUCAUGUCUAUGCUUCCACAAACACAUUAUAGGCCCGACGACACCAAUCCAAGGCCGCACGAAUCCAUCAAUGAUCUCCCAUUGCACGCGGCGACCGGGGCGCAAAUCUUCUAUCCAACAUCCGAAUCUAGACAUUUUACCCGUACCGAUGCCGCCAGGAUCUUCGAUGAUAAUCUGCUUCCCGCGGAUGACCGAGUACCACAUCCAGAAUUGACAUUGAUGCACAAAGAUUUCAAAGCCGGCAUGCCACAAGAGCAGAUCCUAGCUAGGCAACGAGCUCGAGAGGAAGCCGAGGCGAAGAGGAAACAGGCAGCAUUGGACAAGAGGAAGAAGGACCGGGAGGAGGUGCAGAUCGUCGACAACGGGAGAUGGCACUUCAGAUUCACAGAUAUCAAUGUUGAUGAGGCCGGGAAGGACGGCAGAGGAUAUAGGGGAGUGGGAUGGCGCUAUGGUGUUCCGUCUAUGGACAGGAGUCGGGGCGCUAUCAAGAUCCCUACAAGGGUCGAAUGA